AUGUCCGACCUCACUCCGACCCAGGGCGGCAUUGCUGCUGCUGAGACUACUGAGCCGAUUUCUCGCGUUCUUACCCCUGUCAACGAGCGCGAUGAAACCAUGACUGAUGGCUCUGAGACCUUCAAUAAGGAUGCCGACCUGCUUUUCAAGCUUAAGUCCAACGCAGGCUAUGUUGACUACAAGGUCAACAAGUUCAAUGUCGCAGCCGCCUCCGAUGCUUUUGGACGCGUCAUCUUUGGCGAGAACGACGGUUCCGAUGUCAUCGAGUUGUCAGAUGACCCGGCAGCAUUCGCUGUCAUUAUGAACAUUGUUCAUUACCGCUUUAUUCUUGUCAAAAAGGAACCCUCCAUUGAGGAGCUGUUUCAGAUUUGUAUCUUGCUCAACAAGUAUGACUGUACCCACUUGAUUCAGCCUUGGGCCGACAAUUGGGCUGCUGUUCUGUCCAGCUUUGCAGAGGGAAAGACUGCCGCUGCAGCCAAUUUCAAGGCACUCUGGGUCGCCUGGGUUUUGGGUUGUGUGGCCCCAUUCCGCCAGAUGGCGGACUCGCUCAUCGUUACCAGUAAGGUCGACAAAGAUGGCGACCUUGUUCACAUUAGCGGUGCCAAGGUUCAGGACCUAGUCUUGCCGCAGGGUCUCUUUGAUGGAAUCGUUGAUGUCCGUGGCAAGACUGUAGCUGCGCUUCUCAGUGCGAUUCGAAAGCCCAUGGACCAUCUCACCCAGGUCAACCGCCUGGACAAUGACGCCAGCUUCUGCAAGGUCGGUUCAGAGGCGUCCCUGUGCGAGAUGAUGUUACUCGCUUCUGCAACUCGAAUCUUGGUCCCUGCCGGUCUGUACCCUGUUCCCAGCGCUAGCAAAUUCACAAAUAGCGUCGGCGAUAUCAAGGACGCCGUUACUAGCAUCCGAUACGAAGCUUGGGUCGGAAAGACCUUUGCACCUCACAAGGCCCACACGGGCUGCAACCUUGGCUUGAUGGACUCUAUGAGAACCAUCCUGGAGGACAUGCCGAGUCCUGUCCAGCAAACCCACCUCGCCUACCUAGCUAAGCAGGCCAGACUCACUGCAGUCGACAACGGCGACACUCUGCAGGGUUACAGUGGCCUGGCAGAGAAUGAUGGCGAAUCAGAGCUCGAGGAUCAAACCAAGGUUGUCGACAAUGGAGCUUCCACCACCACAGUCAGCGGUCCGUGUGAAGAUGCCAAGGCUUUUGACGAGGUUGAUGAGAAGGAUGAUUAG